CUGAGUGGGCCGGAGCCAGGGCAAAAGGGGAAGGAACCGGGCCUCCACGCCUGGCCCCACGGCUGGCGGACGGCGGGGCGGGGAGAGGGCCUCUGGACUGCAGCCUUGCUUUUCCUGGAGCAGGUGCCCACGUCAGGGACACAGCGACUCCUUCCCUUUCCAGCCUGGAAAGCCCCCUCCGUACUCCCCCGCUCGGGACUGUGGAGCCGGGAGGAAGAGACCUGGAGCCCCCAAGGGCAGCGUCCCAGCCCAGGUUCCCGCGUCUCUUCCGGGCCUGGCCAGACCCAAGGCCACCCAGGCCGGGGCUCCUGCGACCGGCGCCCUUGGUGGGGAAGGAAGGUGUGGCAGCCCCCCAGCCCCCCAGGAGCCAGGCCCAGCCUGGCGCUGCCCAUCGAGGGCUUGCGCUGGGGCCCUCUGUGGGCCCUGCGACGGAGCCCCUCCCGGGGAAUCCGGGUUCCAGGACAAAGGUGUCCUCGAGGCAGCAGGGGUGGGUGGCAUGGAGAGGCCUGGCUAGAAGCAACGCAGGGAGAAACCUCAUCCUCCCGGGUGGAGCUGAGCGCAGCGCAUCUGCAGCCAGAGGAUGAAAGGAGAGCAUUUCCAGGCGGUACCCAGUGCAGGGGAGCAGCUGUGGUUUCAGGGCGUUCCCGCGGAGUGGCUGCCGUGAUUUGAGGAGCCGUGAAUGCAGAAUGCUGCCUCUCUUCCCGUGUCCCCUGCAGGGCUCAGCCCCGCUCCGAGCCUCCGGGCUCUGGGGGGCCUGGCUGUGGCGGCCCUUCUCUCGGCUGUCUGGCUCUGGUGGAGGCUCGGGGCGGCCCCCGGGGGAGCCCCGGCCCCGCAGCCCACGAUCACCAUCCUCGUCUGGCACUGGCCGUUUGCCAGCCAGCCCCCAGAGCUGCCCGGGGACACCUGCGCCAGGUACGGGGUGGCCCGCUGCCACCUGACCGCCAACCGCAGCCUGCUGGCCGGCGCCGACGCUGUGGUCUUCCACCACCGAGAGCUGCAGACCCAGCGGGCCCGCCUGCCCCUGGCCGAGCGGCCGCAGGGCCAGCCCUGGGUGUGGGCCUCCAUGGAGUCGCCCAGCCACACCCGCGGCCUCGGCCGCCUCCGGGGGGUCUUCAACUGGGUGCUGAGCUACCGGCGUGACUCGGACAUCUUCGUGCCCUACGGCCGCCUGGAACCCCGAGAGGGGCCCCCGCCUCCACUGCCGGCCAAGCGCGGGGUGGCUGCCUGGGUGAUCAGCAACUUCCAGAAGCGGCAGCGGCGCGUGCAGCUGUACCGGCAGCUGGCGCCGCACCUGCAGGUGGACGUGUUCGGCCGGGCGGUCGGGCAGCCCCUGUGUGCCGACUGCCUACUGCGCGCCGUGGGCCGCUACCGCUUCUACCUGUCCUUCGAGAACUCCGAGCACCGGGACUACAUCACCGAGAAGUUCUGGCGCAACGCGCUGUCGGCCGGCGCCGUGCCCGUGGUGCUGGGCCCCCCGAGGGCCGCCUACGAGGCCGUCGCCCCGCCCGACGCCUUCGUGCACGUGGACGACUUCGGCUCGGCCCGCGAGCUGGCCGCCUUCCUCGCCGGCAUGAACGAGAGCUGCUAUCGGCGCUACUUCGCGUGGCGAGACCGGUUCCGCGUGCGGCUGUUCAGCGACUGGCGAGAACGCUUCUGUGCCAUCUGCGCCCGCUUCCCCCAGCUGCCCCGCGGCCAGGUCUACCAGGACCUCGAGGGCUGGUUCCAGGCCUGAGCGCCGCCUGCGGAGGGGGGCAGGGAAGGGUGGCUGGGGAGCUGGACAUGUGGGUAGAGGGCUGGGUGUUGAAAUCAAACCAGUGGCAUCCGACCCGACCCCCGUAGGCAACCGCAUGCCGGAUGUGGAGGCUGGGGUGGGGGGCCGGGAAGCAGGGCGUGGCUGGGCAGCCUGCCUGGAGGAGGAGGCUGCUGGGUAUUGGAGCCACUCUUUGGAGGCAGAGGCGAGAGCAGGGAGGGAGGAAUGGAGUGCGGGGUGCUGAGGUCCAUCAGAUGGAUGGCCACACAGGCCCUCCGUCCCCACCUCGAUCAUGUCUUGGGCAGGUUAGGGCUGCCCUCAGAUGGGCAGGGGCUGAGAGAGGCUGGAGGCAGGGCCCUCGGGGCCACCGACAUGCCCCCUGAGAUCUGUGGGGGCAAAAACUGGGCCCUCGGAUAGCUGGGGUCCCUUUGUCCCAGAUGAGCAGUCUGGAGCCCGGCAUGCAGACCCUGUGGCCUGGACCCCAGACAGCCAAGCAGCCUGCCACCCCCUGGGGAGGGAACACCAACCAAUAAAGACAGAAGCAGAGCA